AUGAACGUAGAUGUGAUAGACAAGAAAUUGCAACAGGAAGAGGAAUGGCUGCGCUCAUUCGAAAUAAACGUAAAGAAAAGUGCACAAUUGAGAAAUGACAUCGAGAAAGUGUUAGACCAAUUCGAUAGUCGACUGAAAAAAUUGGAGCAAAAUGUCAUGGGGAAACACGAGAAAAACGGGCGACUGCAGAAACGACAGCAAAACAUUCAACGUUUGAUUCGCACAAUCGACACAACUUUUCAAUUUUACGGGAAAACCGGCGAGCUCGAGACGAGGAUCAGAGACGGUUCACCCACUCAAGAUCUCGAUGCCUAUCUUGAGUCGAUCGAUUGUCUUCAACAAGCGAUUGCUUUUUUUGAGAAUUACCCCGAGAAACGUAUUCAAAUCGAUAACAUGAAAAUGACGCUCGAGACGGGGUUUGAUGUGAUUGAACGGGAUUUCCGUGAUAUCGUCUCCGAUAACACGAUUCGAUGUGAUAUGAAAGUGUUGAUUGAGAGUUUGGACGAGAAUGCGGAACUGAUCUCCGGUCGAGUGAAAGCCAUUCAAACGAUGAAAAGCACGGAAAAGAUGAGCAAAGUGGCGACUUGGCUUUUGUCGAAAGGAAGAGAUCCCCGUUUCCUCAAUCAGUACUCGGAAAUACGAAGUGAGAAUAUGAGACAAACGUUGUCUCAAGUGCUUGCAGAAGAGAAUCGACUACGAGAAUCCCAAGCGAGCAAUCGAUUUUAUAAAGGCAUCUCUAAAGCAGCGAUUCGAGGAGAAAGAGCAGUGAAAGAGACGAGAUUUCUCUCAUCCGUCGCUCACGAUCGAGCCAAUGUAGCCCAUGUGUUAUUUGGAUGCUUUUUAGCCCUGGUUACGGUCGAGGAAACGAUCAUGGAGAAGAUUCUCAACGAGGUCUCCGUUCGAGCACAGGUUCACCGUGGGGUCAUCGCCAAGCCACUCUCACUUUGUAUCCGCACAGCAGUCGAGGCGAUGAAUGGAAUCGAUUCCCUUCCAUCCCUUCUACCACUUCUUCGACACCUCUCCACACAUAAUAAUCAACUCAUCACUCUAGCAUCGAACAGUGAAAUGGAGUCUCAAUUCGAGCCAAUGUUCCGCUCGCUUCGUAUCAAAUGCAAAUCUUUAUUGGAUGAAAGUGUCGAACGGCUGAAGACAGAAGUCGACAAAUUUGUGCCCGAAGAUGGAAAUGUGCACCCAUUGACGGCAAAUACCCUCAACCUGCUGUGCAUGUUGACGAUUCAUCGCCAAACGGUCACUCAACAGCUGCUCGUCCCCACCGCUGCCUCUCCCCAAAAUACUCAUUUGCUAAUGCCAAAGCUUUUCGCUAAAAUCCUGGCGGCUCUCGGUGCUUGUUUAUCUCGAAAGGCUGAACUCUAUACGGAUCCGAUGCUCGCUUCGAUCUUCAAGAUCAACAACUACAACUACAUUGCCAAGAGCCUCCAAGACGAGGAAGAUGCUCUUCUGCCGGUAAUCUCUGAGCAAAAUCAUCAAAUCCUCGAGUUCUACCUGAACGAGAUCGCCACCUAUGAACAAGAUUAUAUAAAGAGCUGGCACGGCGUUGCUUCAACGCUAAGCGGUGUCGAGAGAGCCCACGAUCGAACGAGUCUCUCAAAUAUUGUUUAUACUUUCAACCGUGAAUUCGAGGCUACGAUUGCGAGACAAAAAAACUUUUGCGUAGCCGAUCCACAUCGCGCUGAGCAGAUCCGGGAAAAGGUGAAAAAGCUCUUGCUAACGAGAUACGGUGCUUUGGUGGAGCGUUGUCGGGGUGAGGGAGUCGAUCAGAAAACGAUUCGAUACUCGGAGCCGACGCUGAGUGCGAUCAUCGAUCGACUAUUCGACGUGAACUCG